AUGAGAAACUACGUGAUAUUCAAUAGAGAUGAAAAGAAAUUACUGUUUGAAAAGUUUGAAAGUGAAAUUUUAAAUUUAUUAAAAAUACAUAAUGUUUUCCUCAUCGCUGGUAGACUGGGUUUUGACGAAUUAAUAAAACUAGUUCUAAUUUUAUAUGAAAAGAAAUUUCAUGCAUUAAAUGAAACUAGCAAAUUAUGCUUAGUAUUUUCUGAAAAAAUUUUUACCAAUUGUUAUCACCUAAUUGAAGAUGACUCAAGAGAUUUUUUUUCCUUUUUAAAUGAUUAUGACAACAGAAAUGUAGAUACCAAAGGAAGUAACAAAAUUUUAGUUCUUGAUGAAUCAAAGCUACUUCAAAAAAUAUUAUUUGACCCGCUACUAAUUGAGUUUAAUAUAGUAAUUUUAACAAACAUUCACAAAAGACUAACAAAAACAGAUUUAAUUCUAUCACUGUUAAAGAAGAUUCUUGUAAAAAGAAACGACUUAUUCAUUUUUAUCUUUUCUGAUUUUUUUGUUGAAAAUGUUCUUAACUUUUUUGAUUCAUAUAAUAGUAAACUCAAUUUUAACCUAACAGCGUCGUCAACAAGUAGAAGUAUAGAACAUGAACGAAUAGAUCUGCAAGAUGCUGCUGAAAAUAAUGCUCCGAUAUUGGAAGAAGGAGAAAAAAGUGAAAAUGCACAUAAGAAAAGUGAAGAUAGUAUAAUAUUAUUCCAUCAUUUAAAAAAGGAAAACCGGGAUGACAUUGCAAGAAGGGAAAAAUAUAGAGAAAUCAAACGAGAAAAAAAAGAACGCAAAAAAUAUAAAAAAGGUAGUAAAAGUAGUAGUAGUUAUGAACGCAUGAAAAUCCUUAAUUAUGAAAAAAAACAUAAUAUUUUAAAGAAUGAAAAAGAAAAAAUCAUAGGGAAAUUAAAAAGACAAUGGGGUACACCUUUAGAAGAUCACAUUUAUAUAAAGAAGCAUGCUCGUAAAAACAGCGAUGGAGAUAAUGAACAACAGGGAAAUAAAAAAAGUUCGUCCAUAAAAAGUAAGAAAUUGAAGGAUUUAUUAAAUAAUAAAAAAAAAUACUUUUCAAGGAGUAGAAGUAACAGCCUACUAAAAGAUAAAGAGAUAGAUAAAGUUUUAUUCUUAAAUAAUUGUGAAAAUUCUAUUUUUUCCGAUUCCGAUAUGGAAGAUCAGAAAAAAUUGAAAUUCAAAGGAGAGAAAGGCAAAGGAGACACACUUAAAAAAAAAAAAAAUGCGUUAAAUUGCUUCUUUGUAAACUCAGCUAAGCACUCUUUAGUUCCUGAUGAUUAUAAAGAUGAAAUCGAUGAUUUUCAGAUCAUAGACAGAAAACAUGUAAAUAAUGCAAACUACGAAAUUAAUAAAAAAUUAGAAGAAUGGAAAGAUGUUGUAGAAAAGUUAGAAAAAAUUAAUAACGUCAUUAGCAUAUUCAUUUUUAAUAUUUUGAAUUAUAGUAGUUUCAAUAAUUAUGAGGCGAAACAAAGGCGGACAAAGGAGUUUCAGCAUAACCAAAUUUAUUACCUGAAAGAAAGAUGUUCCAAUUACUUAGAAAUGAGCAUCACGCUGAUUAAAAAAUUAUAUGAGGAUAAGAAAAGAACUGAUCAGAAUAUUCUUAUUUAUUUAAAUAAUGAAUAUGAAAUAGAUGUAGUUAAAAAGGGUUUGCGAAAUAAAAAUAUUGAAAGCACGCAUAUAGAAAUAAUAUAUGAUGCGUAUAGAGAUGAUAUAGAUUUAUAUGAAUUAAAGAACAAAAUUAUAAUUGUAAAAGAUAUAGUGUUUUACUUUUAUAACAAGUUCAAAAAUGUGAAAUACAUGAUAGAUACAUGCUUUAUGAAAGACAAAAUUUAUGAUUAUGAUUUAAAUGUAACAAAUGAAUUUACUGUAUUAUGUAGUAAAAGCAUAUGUGAAGAAAGAAGACUUGCUUGCAACAGUUCUAUUUGUUUUCGACUAAUAACCUUGAAUGAUUAUAUGGAUUUAUUGGAUGAAUUUCCCAUUCCUGAAAUAUUAAAAAAGGAUAUUUUUUAUAAUAUAUAUUUUUUAAAAACUAUAGGAAUAAAAAAUAUUUGUUCUUUUGACUUUGUUACAGCUCCGAUGUUAAAAUCAUUAAAAAGAUGUUUUGAGCUAUUUUAUAUAUUAAAAUUGAUGGAUAUUGAUGGAAAUUUAAUUGAUAAAAAGCUAAGUUUAUUAAUUUGUUAUUUACCCUUAAAAUUUAAAUAUAGCAUAUUUUUAUUAAAUAGUAUAAGGUACAAAUGUGUUGGAGAAGUCUCCAUAAUAAUUAGUAUGUUAAUUAAUGAACCUAUAUUUUUAUAUAACAAUAAGAAUGUGAACAGAUUAAAAACAAUGAGGUUAUCCUUAAUGGCAGAAGAAAGUGAUAUUUUAAGUUAUUAUAAUAUAUUUCAAAAUUUUGAAAUGGCAAAGAAUAAAAAGAGCUUUUGUAAUGAUAACUUUUUAGUUUAUAGAUCCAUUAAAAAGGCUACGAAAUUUUUUAUUAAAUUAAAAAGGAUACUACAUGAUUUUGGAAUAGAUAUGGAGAGGUCAAAUAAUAUAGAAUUCAUUUUUAAAGCAAAAAUAUCUGCUUUCUUUUACAAUGUUUCAAAAGUAGUGAAAGAUAAUAAAUAUGAAUUAUUAAAUAAGAGAAGUGGACCUAGGCUAUUUCACCUUGAUUCUUUAUCUGUUUUAAACGAAAGGGAAGAGGUUAAGAGAAAAUUUAUUGUAUACACAGAUGCAUAUUCAAAUAAUGAAUCUAGAAUUUUUAUUAGACAUGCAUCUAUUAUUGACCCAUCUUGGCUGACUAAUGUAUGUCCUUCCUAUUUCUCCAACCAACACGAACAAAAAUUUGAGGAAGUACAAACAUGA